AGUCUAUGUUUGCACGGCCGUCGGCGAAGACGACGAGCGACGUAAGCCAGUGCGUAACGCGGACGAGCGCGACUACGAAAACAACACGUUUUGCAAGUGCCGCGGCAAAACAACUUCAGUUUUAGAUUGUGAAGAAGCUCGCCCGGGGCGCAUUGACGUAAUACUACUGGAAAAGUACAACAGUGAUAUACAAUUAACAUAAAUCUAAUUUUUCAACAACUUUUGAUAAUGACAGAAGUUUCGUUAUCAAACUGGCUUUAUUACUGUUAGACUGUACUAAACUGUAAUGAUGCUUUGGUAACGAAGGCUUUUUUUAUCACCGUCGAAAGUCGUUAAGCGCGUCAUUAAAGAAGUUGAUAAGUGAUUGCAAGAGCCGGUUGUGUUAGUUGUGUUUAAAUUUUCAGUUAGAUUUUUGCGUCACACACAUUUUCGCAAAAAUGCUAAAAGAAUUCGGCAUCGACGGCAAAAUUUUGAGAGCUCUUGAUUAGUUUCGUUAGGAUUUCACGGCUAUUGCAUUUGCACAGUCCCGUGCAAAUUGGUUUGCACGUUCUUGAAAACACUUCUAUUGACAUUCUUGGCGAUAUAUACUCUUCGCCGCACUGCUCCACUUCUGGAGAACUCAUAGCUAUCUAACACAAUCGACAGGAAGUGGUCCGACGAAGGAAAAGUACAACGCGUACACGAUUAUAUUUAGUGAACUAUAAAGAAAGUAAAAUCUUUAAUUCGAAAGAUUUUUGACUGACUGAUGACGCCAGAAAUACGAGAUAACUGAGUGUGUUAAAGUGUACAAAGUAUCAACAUGCAAAUUUCUUUAAUACGAGGCUAUUAAAUAAUAUUAAUAGUCUAUUAAAGUGAGGAAGAUAUUCGGGGUCAAGAUGAUAACCGUGCCGAUAUCAGCCUCGAGUCCCUACGUGAAGACUACGUCCUACAGUGAUGCGAGCAUAGUUGCUAAAAAGCCUUCGGUUCAACAGUUUUUGCAAGACAUGAAGGAACAUUCGGCAGCUCAACGAAUGGAGCGAGAUAAGGAGGUGCCACAGCGGUCGCAAAGCAGCGCGGCUAGCUUGACGUCUAUAGGUGCCGAUAUAUCUCCAAGUUCUUCCCAUUUCUUCGAGGUAUUCUACGUUGGUAAAAUUAAAGUAUCGAAUCCGAAAGUACAGGAAUCAUUCAUCGAUGACGCCUUGAUACGGUUUCGCGUUCAUGUACUCGAAAAAUCGAGAUCUUCUACGAGUAAUCUACUGACAGAAUGUCGAUUGCAACGCCAAGCUGUAACGUCUUCCAUUAAUAGAAGAAAUAGUACGGAAUCUACCGCUAGUGAAUCGGGCAGUAUUGAGAACGUGUCGGGAAACAGUACAAUUCCGAACGUGAAUCCGCUUGGAGUUCCGCCAGUUUUAAGCGGCUCCGUGGAAACUUUUCCAAGAACCAGCGCGAACUCAGCAGACAACGAUAGCCGUAAUGGAAAUCGAACGUCCGAAUCUUCCACUAAUUCUAAUAUCACCGUACCUGAAGUUAUGCGAAAUCGCGCGGCGUCUACCGGCAGUGUUUUAGGCGGUAGGAGGGAUUCUGGUGCUAAAGGAAAUGAGGAUCAUAAUCGCACUAUGGUCUUUGAAGUAGGACGAAAUGAUUUGAGGUUGAUUAGUCCGGACAGGAAGCGCAUCGUUUUGCAUAAACAUCUGAAAGAUGUAGCCAGCUGCGCGCAAGGUAUAAAAAAUCCUGAUCACUUUGGAUUUAUUUGCAAAGAACCUGAACCUUGCUUUAUCGGGUACGUCUUCAAAUGCCAAUCCGGAUCAGUCGCAGAUGAUCUUGUUGCAGCAAUUAGUCAAGCCUUUGUUGCGACUUGUAAUAUCGCGAAGAAGGAAAAAUAUUCUGUAUACUCUUGCGAGCAUUGUCCUAUGUACUGGUAUAAUAAAUUAUAUCAAGAGAUUGAAGGGCAAAAUGAUUCAAGAGUGCAAAGUAUUAUUUUUUCACGUAUGGAACUGUUGCCGGAGGAUGAACAGGAGAUCGUUGUUAGGAAAUAUAAGGGCGCUGAGGCUGCAGGCAAUAUCGGUGCAGGCUCUAUGAGUCUUCGAGAGCAAAAUCAAUUCCUAAUGCAACUGUUGCGUGCUCAUUGUGAAUCAAAACAAACUAGACAUGUACACGAUACGGCUGAGAAUAGGAGUGAAUUUCUUAAUCAAUAUCUAAACGUCGGCGUUGGCAGUACGAUAUUUAUGAAGGCAAAACGCUCUCUCACGAAUAGCUUUGACAACCUUAUGAAGAGGAAAGGUUCGCGUGACGAUUUUGGCUUGGGCCCACAAUUGAGGGAUUCGAAUCAUUUAAGUAUGGGGAUACAAAAGAAUGGUAGCCAGAGUCCGGACAAUUCGCGACAAUCAUCUAUAAUGGACACUUCGCCGGAUUCGAGUAGGCCAAGAUCGUUGCGUGUGUCGCCUGAACAACAAAUCGUUGUAAACAACGCACCAAAGAGUCCCAUGAUGGACAUAUUUUUAAAAGUUGGCAACUCAUCGAAAAUAUCUCCGACGGAGCCCACCGGAAGCAAUACAACAAUACAAGCCAACAGUUCGUGGCGGCAAACGAUACUAAACAGAGUCGUGACACCGAGUAAAGAUCACAAUGUCAAGGAAACUGAAAAAGUCGGGAAUAUUAGUGUCAUUAAAAAUUUAGAGACUCCCGUUAAACGCAGAACAAAACAAGAAUUGCGAGAUCUGUGGAAAAAAGCGAUCAAUCAACAGUUGAUACUUAUAAGAAUGGAAAAAGAGAAUGCAAAGCUCAGAGAAUGUCAAGAGGAGGCGAGUAAGAAGGAGGCAGUAAAGAGAAUCAAAUUAGAAUACGAUGAGCUUAGCAGCUGUGCGCGUGAGGUGGUAGAAGUUUGGGAUCUUCUCAUUAGCAAGGAAUCGCGAGUUUCCACCAAAUGCGACAAUCAGAUGCUUUUGCAUGCCAUUAAACAAGGUGUACCGAAAGGAAAGAGAGGCGAGGUCUGGCAAUUUCUAGCCGAACAAUUCUGCUUAAAGCAACCACCUAUAGACACUCAAGAUUUCCCGAAUUACAAUACGCCCUACGAACUACUUCUGAAGCAGCUCACAUCCCAACAGCAUGCUAUUCUUAUCGAUCUGGGAAGAACGUUCCCGAGUCAUCCAUAUUUUAGUUCACACUUGGGACCUGGUCAAUUAGCGCUCUUCAAUUUAUUGAAGGCCUACUCCUUAUUAGAUUACGAAGUCGGUUAUUGUCAAGGUCUCAGUUUUGUCGCCGGCGUGCUUCUAUUGCAUAUGGCUGAAGAUCAGGCCUUUUUCUUAUUACGACAUCUGAUGUUUCGCCGAGGCCUCAGAAAAUUGUAUUUGCCAGAUAUGGCAGAAUUGCAAUUACACUUGUAUCAACUCUCCAGGCUGUUACACGACCGCUUACCAGCUAUUUAUAAUCACUUCGACAAACAUGAAGUUUCACCAACUUUAUACGCCGCUCCGUGGUUAUUAACUCUGUUUGCCAGUCAAUUUCCUUUGGGCUUUGUAACUAGAGUUUUUGAUUUGCUCUUUUUGGAAAGCUCUGAAGUUCUCUUCCGUGUAUCGGUUGCGCUAUUAGAAGAGCAUCAGGAUCAACUAUUGGGUUGUGACAGCUUUGAAGAAAUUAUGGGAUAUCUCAAGACACGUGUUCCAGCAGUGAACAAACAAAGUUUAGAUCGCAUUAUGAAACGUGUAUUUUACCCCGAUUUGGAGAUUUCCAAACAAUUAAACGAAUACAGAGUGGAAUACCAAGUGCUUCAAGAGGAAAUGAUUUCAGUAAAGCCACAAAUAGAGAAUUUGGAAAAGUUUAAAUUAAUGAACAAGCAACUCACACAAGAAGUUGCACAACUCAACGAGCAACUUGAGAUUACUGUGAGCAACUUACACAGGCUCGAAACGACGCGUUCAGUGCAGCAAGCGAAUAUCCAUAAACUCGAGACUCAGAAUCGCAGUCUUGAAGUAACGGUUGCCACAUUAGGCACAUUCAUUCAACAAUUAGUAGACACACGUGCUGACAUCGAAGUGCCGGGCGACGUUCGUAGGAUAAUCGCACAGUUAAGCAUGGUUGAGAAACGACGAAAUGCUGGCACCAGGUCAUAUCCUUUAAAGGUUAUCGAGGACAAACACGGCAUGAUAAAGAGCAACUCGACUGGCAGAGAUUCUCACAAUCUUCUUAGGAAUAACAGUCUGGAGACACCGUAUCCGUUGAAAUCGACUUUAAGUCAACCCAAUUUAGCAACAAAAGUCUCUUCGUUCUUCUCGAAUUCGCACAAUCAGAUAUUGAAGCAACGCGCGGAGUUGGAAGCUCUCAGAAACAAAUAUUCCGAGCAAGCGGUGAAAAAUAACAACGAUGAGAAUGAUCCCAAAACGGUUAACAUUGACAUUCAGAUCACGGAUACCAUGAAUCUGGCUAACAAUCCACCCCCUCAAAGCGAGAACAAUUUGAAGGUUCCAGUCACUAAUUUGGAGAAAUCGAUAUCGUUACCGUUAAGGGGUAAAUUGAAAUCGUCGAAGUCGGCGUACGAAUUAGGAUCCGUGAAAAAAGUUCCCACCAGCAAGCUCGAAGUUACGAACAACGAUUCGUUGACGAAUUUGACUGGAACCAUGCACCCACUUGACACUUGCAGUGACGUGAAUUUCCGGUAUGGCGGAACCACGAAACUCAAGUCUAUUAAACCUGUCAGAUUAUUUAAUCCGAGUUGUCAGGAAGAUAGCAGUAAUAACAAACAGAAGUCCGACCAAAAUUCAGAUCCUUUAAAUAGAUAACAAUUACUUUUAAAUACAUCUUCGAAGAGUGUCUUAUCAAAGAAAAUUUUCAUGAAAAAUAUGUAUUUAAAACGGUAUUUUGGUGACGUGUAGUUUAAGUUAAAGAACGGUGUAUUCGCAUUUGAUUACUUCUCAUUUUUUUCUUUUUUUUCUUUUUUUUUUAACGAAUAAGUCUUGAAACAGUAUAAUUCGUUAAGCUUGCGUAAUUAUAGAACAAAAUCACUUUUUUACUUAAAACUAAGAUCUGACAUUUGACGUUACAAUUUGUAAAAGUUGGUCAAAUAUUCUAUUCAAAUAAUAUUGAAUAUUACGUUUAAGAAUCUCUCACGUCAGUAAAAAGUCGAAAAAAAAAGAAAACAUGUCAAUAAAUAUUCAAGACCGCGCAAAAAAUGCAUCAAAAACAUAUUUCUAUGCCGAAAUGAGACAAAUGUCAAAAUAAGGUACUAAAGAGACGUAACGAGUGCAUACCCGGUUUCAGAUUGCCAAAGGAAGUGCCAAACUUUCGUUGUGUGAGAUUACACAUUUUGUAGUAGAAGCGACUUUUAGUCGAAGGUAUAUGCGUAUGUAUAUAGAUACAUUGCGUACAUAUGCAUGCAUAGACGCGAUUUGUCAUCGAGGAGGAACGUAUGCUACGAAAGCCAUUGAUAUAUAGGCUGCUAUGCACUGUAAGAUUCAAAAAGAAUGAAGUAUUACUAUUUUUGCACAAAAUAAGCCUUGUGAUAUCAGGGAUAUACUUAAUGGUGUAUGUGUGUGUGUAUGUACACAUGUAUAUGAAUAUAUGUACACAUAUAUACACUCGCUGUUCUUUAUAGUAAAGAGGUUUUACUAUCGUUAAUACGAAAAUAGUAUUAGCGACAUUUAAUAUCCAUAUCAAAUGUGUUGCGAAUUAGCGUGUACUAGCGAGUAAAUUACUCAAUUCCCAUUAGAUAUUUAAAACUGGUGACACUGACAGAUACUUAUAAUGUAGGAUUGAUAAGAUUUUAUUAGAGAUGAUAAAAUUAUAUUUUGUAGUAUUCGAGUCUGUAAUGUUCUAUCAGCUAGUGAUUAUUUGUAACUUGUAGCGAUGUAUCAUUUGUAAUAAGUGCAAGUAUUAUAUCUCUCUUGUGACAAGAAUAAAGGUAUUAUAUAUGUCCCA